UGCAGAAACCAACAGACAAGAGUGCUCUACUUUGUUUCAAUGUGAUUCUGAUUGGAAAUAAAGGAGCUGGAAAGACCUCCACAGGGAACACUAUAUUAGGAACCUAUAUUAAGAAAUUCUCAGGGUCUCAGUGUGUUCAGAAGGAAUGUGUAAUCAUUGACGGAGUGAAGCUUAAUGUGUAUGACACACCAGGGCAAUAUGACCCAGGAGUGAACACAAAAGACAUAAUGAAGAAGAAAAAUGUUCUCAGCCAGUUAGAUGAGUCAGUCCCCACUGUCAUUCUGCAAAUAAUAAAGGCAGAUGCAUUUGCUAGAGAAGAAAAGAGCACAAUUCAAAACUUUGCAAGAAAACGGGAUGGAUUUUCUAUAAAUACAGAAGAAAGGAUUUGGCAUUUUGAGAAGCUACCACAGUGGCUCCACCAGAACACCUGGAUUCUCUUCACUGGAGGAGAUGUGCUAGAGAGAGAGAAUCUCACUAUUGAAGAGGUUAUAGAAGAGAAUGAGGAACUGAAGAGAAUCAUACAGAGAUUACAGAACAGAUACCACAUCUUCAAUAACAAGAACCAAAUUAAAGAUCAAGUCAGAAAACUGAUUGAGAAAAUCAAAGAAACCCCGCUGAAUAUGUCUCCAAAGAUGACAAGGUUCCCUCGGACAAAAUCCCCUGAACCUGAAAAGAAUUCUAAUGAAAGAAGAAUUGUGCUGCUGGGAAAGACUGGAGUGGGGAAGAGUGCAACAGGAAACACCAUCCUGGGAGAGAACAGAUUCAGAUCUGAGCUUCACUUCAGCUCUGUAACAUCACAAUCAGAAAUGCAUCAGGUAGUGGUUUCAGGGAGAAAGGUGUCUGUGGUGGAUACGCCAGGACUUUUUGACACACAGAUCUCUCCUGAAGAUCUUAAAGUAGAGAUAGGAAGGAGUAUCUACAUGUCCAGUCCAGGACCACAUGCUUUCCUUUAUGUUCACCAAAUUAAUGUCAGAUUCACAGAACAGGAAGAAGAGGUCGUUGAUAUAUUAGAGAUGAUGUUUGGGGAAGAGUUGAGGAAGUACAUGAUCAUUCUGUUCACACAUGGAGACAUGCUAGAAAAAGAGGAUGUAGACACACUGAUUAAAAAAAACAGUGCCCUCAGUAAACUGGUUGAGAAGUGUAGAGGGUAUCAUAUAUUUAACAAUAAAGACAAGAGUAACAGACAGCAGGUCACUGAGCUGCUGGAGAAGAUAGACAGAAUGCUGGAGCAGAAUGGAGGAAGCUUCUACUCCAAUCAGAUGUUUGAGGAUGCAGCAAGAUUCAGGCGGGAGGACGAGGAAAGUAGUAAGAAGCAUGAACAAAGUCAAACAGAAAUAGAGAGAGAAAAGGGAGUUGGGGUAGAGACACGCACAGAGCAGGAGAAAAGUCAGAUAGAAAAGGAACAAAUAAAACCACCAUUUAUUAUUAAUCAGCCAAGAGGUGGAAAAAUUGGACAGAGGUGGAUGGAAAUGCGCAGCCAGGUUGAAGAAUUUAAGAGAAAACUGUAUAAGGAGAGAAAAAAGAUGGAUCAAGAAGAAAUACAAGCUGAAAUUCAGAGAGGUAGACUGAAUAAGUCUGGGGAAGCUAAGGUAUGUAGAAAGGAGGAAGUAAAAUUCACAGAAAGAGAGAAGAUGUUUGUGGUACAUAAAAGUUAUCUAAGACAAAAAGAAAUAAUAGGAGCAAAAGAGUUGGAUUCUGGAUUAGGAACAUUUUUAAGAGCUCAUGGCAACCAUUUAACUGCUGCAGGGCAAGCUGGAGCUGGGUACAAAGUUGUAGUUGGAACUUCAGCUGGAUUGGCUGUUGGAGCUGGAGUUGGAGCUGCAGUUGGAUUGGCUGCUGGUCCUGUUGGAGCUGCAAUUGGAUUGGCCUUUGGUGGAGCUGUAGGAGCAAUAUGUGGUGCUUUUACAGCUAGAAAUUACAACUCGAAAAUGGAUGUUUUCAGUAAAAAAAAGCACAGGUAGAUCUAAUGUGGCAGUCUUGUCUCUGGAAGAGUAUUUCUGAUAACCCUGGUAUUCACCACAUAUGCCACCUGUGGUACCGAUUAAACUAACAUGAGGUAUGACUUUAAAAAGUGCAUUUACACGUAAUGGUAUUGUGAGCACAUAAAUACUGGCAGAGUCAGGAGCAGGGUGUAAAAUUCACAGCAGCUAUAUGGCCGUUGUCAACAUUGCCUUCUAUUUGACAUGUGCUGUUUACAUUUUUACUCAUUUUUGCCCUCAGAUAUGUCUAGUGAUGUUUAGUCAAUAUAACUUCCUGGUAGUGUCCUGUGGUAGCUUGGCUGGGUGGCAUAGUGAUGUUUAGCAGAUAUAAUCCCAUGAUGGUGUCCUAUGGUAGCUUGGCUGGGUGGCAUAGUUAUGGUUAGCGGAUAUAAUGCCCUGAUGGUGUCCUGUGGUAGCUUGCCUGGGUGGCAUAGUGAUGUUUAGCGGAUAUAAUGCCAUGAUGGUGUCCUGUGGUAGCUUGGCUGGGUGGCAUAGUGAUGUUUGGUGGAUAUAAUGCCCUGAUGGUAUCCUGUGGUAGCUUGCCUGGGUGGCAUAGUGAUGUUUAGCGGAUAUAAUGCCAUGAUGGUGUCCUGUGGUAGCUUGCCUGGGUGGCAUAGUGAUGUUUAGCGGAUAUAAUGCCAUGAUGGUGUCCUAUGGUAGCUUGGCUGGGUGGCAUAGUGAUGUUUAGUGGAUAUAAUGCCAUGAUGGUGUCCUAUGGUAGCUUGGCUGGGUGGCAUAGUGAUGUUUAGUGGAUAUAAUGCCCUGAUGGUGUCCUAUGGUAGCUUGACUGGGUAGUCUGGUGCUAUGUGCAUUUUAUUUAUUUUUACUUUCUCCCCUCUCUCUCACUUUUCCUUUUUGUUUAGCUAAGUUGGCUUGACAAUCACACCUAUUUUUAGGUGGCAGCCGAUUAGUGGUCUCAUCAGUGACAAGUAAUAAAGGUGUAAUUUCAUAUCCUCAAGACCCUGUCUGCUGUGGAGUCAGCUUUUCAGAUGAACACAGUUCUGUAUUUAUUCUUGUGGUUGCAAUUGUAAUUGGCUAUCAGACUGUGGGUAAAUGUUCUGUUCAUGUUAUUUAUGUCAUAUUUUCCUGUAUGCAGUGAAAUGUACCACUGGCUUUAGCAUUUAAGAGGCACACAGAAGCUAUAUUAGCAUUUAUUAUUUUUUGAAUUGCAGUUUGAUAAAAUGCAGAAUAUAUAGAAUUUAAAUUAAUUUUUUAUUAUUGCCUAAGUUACAUAAAGUUCAUAUGUUUAAACUAUUUGAGCAAGUUACACCUAGUAAACCAUGCAUCCAUGUUUCUAUAUCCUUCAUGUCUGGUCAGGAGGCCAUAUUCCUCCCUUAAAAAAUAUGACAUCUAAAGCCAAAUGGGCCUUGCGGUCUAAUGAUGAAUUAAGUACAUUGAUUGUUAACAUUUUAAGCCAUAUCACCUCUGAUCCUACUCUAUUAUUUAGACUCAAUUCAACUUUAGGCUAAAUACUUUACUGUUUUGUGUUUUUUUUUUUCAUUAUUAUUAAUUACAUUAUGUUAAAUUCAGCUUUGUUACUAAACCUACCUGUACAGAAAUAGUCAUGCAUUUCAUUUAAGGUUGUUUGCAUAUCUAAACAAGAAAUAAUUUUAGAUCUGUAUGGAAGACAUAAAAACAUAAUUUGUAGACUUAAAAACUAAAAUGCUGGUGCUGGCCUGGUAUCUAUUGUUGGAAACACCUAAAACCAACAAGCUCAAAUUUAUAAAGAGCAUUAAUUACUCCAGAAGUUUAUUUUAAUUAAUCCAGUUUAAAGAGUGUUUGGGUUCAGAAGGUUAUUCUAGGGAACAAUCUGAUUUUGGUUUUGAUGGUUCAGAGAUGAAUGCUCAAAGACAACUGAUGAUUAAAAUAACUGUGUCAUUUGUGUAGAUAAUAUCUGUUUCUUUCAGGCAUCUCUAUAUAUGUCUAGUAUUAGACUGAGGUGUUUACUCACAGACAUCUCUAUGUAUGUCUAGUAUUAGACUGAGGUGUCUACUCACAGACAUCUCUACAUAUGUCUAGUAUUAGAAUUAAAUAUCUUCAGUCUCUUACUAGGCCUCUUACACUUGGCUGUUGUGCUCCACCAUAACCCCAAUGGACAUUUUUACAAUUUUUACCACUGCAUUCAUAGCCAAGGUUAAUACAAACAGACCCACAUAAAAAGUGUUCUGUGUGAUUCUCUGCAGCUGUGAUCAAUGCUGCCAUUGGUUCUACAUAUUGGUUUGAGUUUGGGUUAGUUAGCCAAUGUAAGUACAUGUCUCUCUCUCUCUCUCUCUCUCUCUCUCUCUCUCUCUCUCUCUCUCUCUCUCUCUCUCUCUAUUUUUCUCUCUGUCCCCUUCUAGUCUGACUUGGAUUUAUAAUCACCCCAUAAAAACAUUUAUUAACUUAAUAUGUUACUAAUUUGCUUGUAUACUGUUAA